AUGGCUCAUAAAAUUAAAACUGUUAGGGAGAAGCUAGAUGACAUUGCAAAAUAUAUGACCCAAUUCCAUUUUAUUGAGCAUCACUUUGAGAAACCAAUCUUGAAUACAAAAAGAGAAACACACUCUUUUGAACUUGUUGAAAAUGUUAUCAAGAGGGAAGAUGAUAAAAAUAAAAUCAUACAACUUUUGUUAGACUCAAAUUAUGAUGAGCAUGUCUCUGUUAUUUCCAUAGUUGGUAUUGGUGGAUUAGGAAAAACCACACUUGCUCGGCUUGUCUACGAUGACAAAAAGGUCAAGCGUCAUUUUGAUUUAAAAAUAUGGAUAUGUGUGUCUGAUGAGUUUAGUGUAAAAGAAAUUGUUAAUAACAUCUUAAAAUCUAUAAAUGCUGGAAAAGUAGGAUUUGAGAAUCUUAACUUUGAAGAGUUGCUGCAAAUCCUUUGUGAAAAAAUUAAUGGAAAAAAAUAUCUACUAGUUUUGGACGACAUAUGGAAUGAGAAUCGUGAGAAGUGCUUUCAAUUGAAAACACUACUAAUGAAUGAUGUGAAAGGAAGUAAGGAACUAGUUACUACCCGUAGUAAACAAGUAGCGAAAAUUACUAGCAGUUCUUCUAUGAUUUAUGAUUUGAAAAGCCUAACUGACGAUGAGUCUUGGUCUUUGUUUUCAAAAUUGGCAUUUGAAGAUGGAAUUGAACCAAAAGGUUUGAUACUAGUAGAAAUUGGAAAGCAUAUUGUAGCGAGAUGUGUUGGGGUUCCCCUUGCCGUAAGAACAAUAGGACGCUUACUUUAUGAGAAUAAUACAGAAUCCUAUUGGUUGCAUUUCAUGGAAGAUGAAUUGAUAAAAAUAGAUGAACAAGAAGAAAAUGAUAUCAUACCAACACUUAAGUUGAGUUACGAUCAUCUCCCCUCACACAUGAAACAAUGUUUUGCUUAUUGUUCAUUGUUUCCAAAAGAUUAUGUGAUUAGCAAGGAGUCAUUGAUUAAUCUUUGGAUGGCUCAAGGAUUUCUUCAAUCACCAAACACGAGCCAAUCUCUUGAAGAUAUUGUUAACGAAUAUUUUGUUUAUUUAGUUUAUCGCUCAUUUUUUCAAGAUGUAACAUACGAUAAAUAUAUGAUGACAUGCAAGAUGCAUGAUCUUGAAACUUUAGCUGUCAAACCUGAGUGUAUCUUGGCUAAGUUAGAUGCAAGAAAUGUUGAUGAAAGAAUUUGUCAUGUUUCAUUUGAUUCUAAAUUAGAGUCAUCAUGGAACGUUCCAAUUGCAUUCUCAAGGCAAAUCAUAUAA